AUGAUCGUUGUCGAAGCCAAGGAGGUGGUUCAGGAGGGCCUUGGAUACAAAACGCCAAUACUCAACUCCUUCCGGUAUGCCUGCACUGGCAACCAUGAUUCUGCGCACGAAUCGGUCUCAACAGAGAUGUCCGGAAUCAGUGUAAUAACAACAACCCGACAAACUCAACUGCUGCAUCCGCUAGCACCCCUGCUACCACCGCUGACUCAACUCUCGCAGCGUCCGCGACGAACCUCCUCACCAUCGGUGCUCACAUUCCUGAAACUCUGCCAUCGCCACCUUCACCAUCCCGAAGACGACGGCGAGCAACCCUAA